AAAUCGUGUCGCUUUGGUAUCUCCAUGCAAACAAGCUUGAUGGCCACUUUCGUUAAAAAUCAGUAGAGGUCACCGCCAGCCAAUCGGCGUUAAUUGCUCCUCUAUACAUCGUGUACUUGAUUCCUGUCAACUGUUUGUCGAAGGUCGCUGCAUCGAAUCGACCGUAUUAUAUUUGGAUCCAGUCCCAAUCUCCAACGUGAACGGGGACGCAGUCAGUGUGAAGACUGCUUAAUAGCGAGGAACAUGUGCAACCAGGGAAUAGUGGCGAAGCCGAUGUUGCCGGGGCACGAGCUACACUGUGACCACUCUGUUCUCGACGAACCCUGACCGAUUCCACGUUCGUCUCGCUCCAGCUGACCGCCGACACCGGGACGAAACCAGAAACGCGACGCGGUGAACACGUUCUUCCGAAAAUCGUGCACGGUUUAUCGCGGGACACGCGGUACGGUUAGAUCGGUAAAAGUGUUGUUUCGAGUUAUCGCGUACGGUGUAUAGACCGAGAGUCUUUGAGGAGCGGUGUGUUCGCGAAAUUACACGUUUCCACGUACAUUCGGUACGCUAUGAACAUCAACGUUCUCGGAUGUAACGGGUGGUUCGCAAGUAGACGUUCAUCGACGAAUUAGAAGAUGUUCGCCAGACUCUGCAGACAGGCUCCGAACGGGGACCUGAAGAGGCGGCACUCUUGGAGCAGCGAGAUCGACUACCAGCCAGCGGAAACGGAAGCUGUAGCGACCUCGGGUGAAGAUCCCGCCGCCCCGUCCUCGGACGAAGAGGACAGAAUCUCGUAUAAGGAACAUGGCUGUUCGGUGCAGACGGUGGACCUGGUGGCGGACUGUCCGUUGCAGGUGGUGACACCGUCCUCGAGGUCGCCGUCACCGCCCAGAACCGCGACGCCCCCGACGCCCCUCGCACCGCCGAGGAGCAUGGGGCAACGUCCAAGCACCCUCUUGCGCCCCAAGAUCUCUUUGACCUGGGUCCUACGCGGGCAGCAACAAGCUGCCUCCAAUAACCAUCAUUCGGCUGCUACUGGGAACACAGGCACGAACGGCGAUCGAGAAAGCUUGUCGCGAGACAGCAAGGAAAGGUCUUCGAGGAGGAGCGUGAAAAGCGUGAAGGAGAAGGAUGGCCGCAAGGAGAACCUCGACACUGAGAAACGUGAAAAGAAGAUGCUGCACAGAAUCGAGAAAAUCGAGAGGACGGAGAAGCUGGAAGUUCAAGAAAAGGGUAUCAACAAAGAGGUACUCGUCAACGAAAGGCCGCUGGACAGUCCCCUGGAUAAACACUCUGAGAAGGAAUUUUCGGGGCUGAAGGAUACCAAGGAGAAGGAUAAAGUUAAAAGGGCCGUGUCCGAACCAUCUCUCGUGUCUCGCGAGUCGACGUCCACGCCGAGUGGUCGGGAGAAACACAGACACAGAAGAACCAAACGGUCCCACAAGCCCAGACCCCCCAGCAGAUUUGGCUACGAAAUCGCCGACCUCGACGCGUUUCUCACGAAGGCCUCCAUCGAGAAGCCAGCAAACAUCCCAGUGGUCCUAUCCUUUCCAUCGGUUUUGUACCAGACUCAGGGAGGAACUCAGGACGAGAUGGCUCUUCCGCUUGGGACAGUCGUGAACGCAGUCUUCAAGAACCAAAGCUGGUUGUACGUUCAGACUCCACACGGCCAAGAAGGAUAUGUCGGGUACGCAGCGUGUCUACCGUUAGGAAUAUUGCCUCAACCAACGAGAGGUCCUUGCUGGGAGGAUUCCACGGACGUGUUUCCUCGUCCCCUAGGGAAUAUGACGGACACGGAGAAGCUGAGGGAUACUCGAUCGGAGUGUGGAGCGCGUGGCAGAAACACGAGGGUAAGGCGAGGUUCCAGAGACGCGGUUUCCGCCUGCGGUGAACGCAGCGUGGACAGGCUGUAUCUCAGGGCUGCAGCGAAUGCUAGAACCAAAGGAUCGCGUCACACCUUGCUCGUCAUACGCAGUGAUUACGAGGCUCGAGGCGGGAACGCCCUGAGCGUCUCCAAAGGUGACGUUGUCGCUCUCCUCAGCGAUCACGUCAGUGAUUGGUUCUGGGUUCGUUCGCGGGACGGCAGAGAGGGCUUCAUACCUGCCGUGAUCGCGGGUCACGGUUUCCUAUGACGGUU